AUGGCGCCUGCAAAAAAGGAUUCAAAGGCUGCUCAUCGUUUUCCAAAAAAGACAAAGGCAGCCAAACCUCCACCGGAGCCAAGCACAUUUGAAGAAUUCCUAGACGAAGCUCUGUCUCUUGAAGAUAAAGGCGACCGCUAUGUCUCUGGGAUUAAAGCCCACCGCUUUUAUACCCGUGCAACGGAAAUGUACGCACAAGCCCACCGACUUGUUCCUAGUGAUAUGCAAGUCCUUUACAAUUGGGGUAGAAUAUUACUACUUUUAUCUGAAUUCACGGAUCCGGCACCGGUACCCGAGGACCGCAAAAAUCUCUUACAAGAAUCCAUAGAAAAACUGCGGCAAGGCGCCCAAGAUGGGAAUGUGGAUUGUUUGUUUAAUCUCUCACAGGCCUUACGAGGAUUUGCUGAGGUUGUUCUUGAGGAAGGUGUUGGGGAUGUGUCAGAGGGUGUACGGGGGUUGGUGGAAGCUGAUUGUGUUUUGGAUAAGGUGUUUUGUACGCAGGUUGGUGAGUGGGAAAGGAGUAGGGAGGGGGGUGAUGAGAAAGGAAAGGAAAAGGAAGUAGAAUUAGAGGGUCAAGUGUGUACUGCGCAUUCUCAUGAGGAGAGUACGGUUGAAGAGGAUCAAGAGGAAAAGCACGAGGAACGACAAGGAGAAGACGACUACGAGAUGGUUACUAAAGUGGAUUCAACGACAUUAAGCACUCUUUUGGAUACAUUAAAUGCUCACAUCCAAACUCUUACGUUACUAUUCAAAGAACUAUCGGAUCCGGAAUCAACUGCUUAUUACGAAAAAUCAUUGGAAAAACUCUCGCAUGGUCAGACUCUCUUAUCUAAAUACGCUUCGACUAUUGAUGUCAAGGAUGUAUCUGCAUAUACGGCCGAAUUUGGUAUCCGCGGUGCAGAAAUCUUUGCCGCCCGAGCGGAUAGUGUUUUAGAACAGUAUCGGCGACUGGAAACAUCUUGUUAUGAAGAGGCGCUCAAGAAACUGGAUGGGGUACUGUCAACCGAUAAAAAGAAUGUUGAGGCGUUAUGUUGUAAAGGAGAUGUACUGGUAUCAUGGUCAGAUGCCAUCAAGACGAUGAACGGUUCAGAAAACAUGCUCUCCUCUUUGGCAUCGGCAACAAGUUCCGCUUCUGGAUCGUCAUUACCAACACCUGCAAAUGACGCUCUCACUCAAAUGCGGACACUCUAUGCCGCCGCUACAACAGCCUACACUGACGCAUAUACCAUUACCCCAACCAACGCCAAUAUCGCCAAAACCCUGGGCGACACCCAUUUGAUUCGAAUCCCACUGUACAUCCCAAAAGACCAAAUCACACUCGCAUUAAACGCCGAAAAGUACUACAGACGAACCAUCACGCUUUGUGAUGACAACCAAGUCAUUGGACCUGUCUUGCUACGGUUGGCCAUUGUCUUGUCAUGGGCAGAUAAAGAGUCAGAGUGUAAAAAAGUUUUGGUGGCUUGGAAAAAGAAGGGGUGUCCAGGGGUGGGUGAGGAUGAGAGUGGGGUGCCAUUCAAGGAUACUAUCAAAAAUGCGGAAUGGUUUGAGGCUUUGUUGGGUGGACUGCUCUAG